AACCUGGACUCCGGUUCCUUUCAUUUCACAUUUCGGAAUAAUCUUUUAUUUUCGGUCUUUGAUCUCUCACUCAAUUUUGAAGCCUCAGAGAAUGCAAAGGCCGCUCUGGUUUGGGGAAAACCUCUUCAUGUGCAGCAGCAAACAGGAUACAGGUCGCCCGCGGUCCCCUCGCUGCCCUGCACCCACCAGUUGUCCACCAGCUCCCUGCGCCAGGACCCGGCAUCCUGACAGCUCCAAGGAAGCCAAGGUGCCUCACCAGGGAAAAGGGCAGGAGAGAAGUGAGGCAUCCGGGGCUCACCUCAGCACCUUGGAGGGGGAAAAAGUUCCCUUUGUCAAGCAGUGACCACAUGGCGCUAUGGCGGUCGCCACUGGGACUGAACCGCAGCAGCCUUCCCAGACCGCCGGGCGCACACUAGGAGAAAGGCGGGCCACCGAAAAGGAGCGGAAGCGCUUCACCUACUUCUCGUCGCUGAGUCCCAUGGCCAGGAAGAUCAUGCAGGACAAGGAGAAGAUCCGCGAGAAGUACGGGCCCGAGUGGGCGCGGCUGCCGCCCGCGCAGCAGGACGAGAUCAUCGACCGGUGCCUGCUGGGGCCCGGCGCGCCGGCGUCCCAAGACCCCGGGGACCCCGAGGAGCUGGCGCGCUUCCCCGGCCUGCGCGGGCCCACCGGCCAGAAGGUGGUGCGCUUCGGGGACGAGGACUUAACUUGGCAAGAUGAGCACUCUGCCCCUUUCUCUUGGGAAACAAGGAGUCAGAUGGAGUUCAGCGUAUCCUCCUUAUCCAUCCAGGAGCCGACCAAUGGCAGCGCGGCUGGUGAGCCCAGGCCCCUGCCCAAACCUCCUCAGGGCUCCCAGGCGCUCAAGUCGUCCCAGGGCAGCAGGUCCUCCAGCCUGGACGCCCUGGGGCCUGCCCGCAAGGAGGAGGAAGCAUCCUUCUGGAAGAUCAACGCCGAACGCUCACGAGGGGAGGGGCCCGAGGCCGAGUUCCAGUCGCUGACCCCCAGCCAGAUCAAGUCCAUAGAGAAAGGGGAGAAGGUCUUACCUGCCUGUUACCGGCAGGAGCCUGCCUCGAAGGACAGGGAGGCCAAGGGGGAGAGGCCGGCCGCCCCCCGCCCGGAGCAGCGUGCCCUUCCCGGCCACACCGAGGGUGAGAGGCCCCAGCCUGCCCCGUCCCUCCCGGGCCGGGUCCCGGAGGCCGCCCCUGCCAAACUGGAGGCCGCCCCUGCCAAGCCGGAUGUGGGCCCGGACGACGGGGAGGACGCCCUGUUCUCGGAACCCGAGCUCACACAGGUCAGCCCAUGUAAUGUCAUCAAGAAGACGGGAUUUGAUUUUCUGGACAAUUGGUAAAAUGUGUUAGACGGGAAAAUAAACGUAAGAACCCCCAAAUAUUCUCCAAAGUGGCAUGGUGGAUGAGGAUCCAAAGGGCCACCUUUCUCUACGUAUUUUCCCGAUUUCACUAUACUCUUUUCUUAAUCAUUUGGAAACUGGUCAGUUUUGCCAGAUUUUCCCUUUUGUGGUAUAACCAAAUAUAUAUGCUAUUUUCAAUUAUUUGAUAACAAAUUUUGCAUUUGGACUUUUAAAGAGUGCUCUGAAUUCAGUAGGUUGUGUGAGUAAAACCUGCCCUCUCCCGCCAUGCUGGCCGGUUCUCCUUCCUUAAGGAGGCAUUUUUUUCAACACUGUCACAAAUCAUCAAAGUGGAUUUCCAUCUCCUCCGUUCUUUCUCCUCACACACCCCCUUAUAACAUAUGGGGUUCCCUUUGCUGGGCGAUUGGCAGUGGUGUCCUCAGCUGUGACAUUAUCGUGCUGGCUGUCACCACGGAAGGGUCUGUAAUGAAGUUCACACCUAGCACUCACUGCUGCCUAAAGCUUCUCUUGUUGAAGCCACAGCUCUUACCAGCACGUCAUGCAAAGGGAGCAGACUGUUGGCACACGGCAGACAAAACACAUCAUUUUUUACCUGCCCUGAUACUUACCAUUGUUCAAAAAGAGUUGCAUGUUUAAAAAUUUUGUAUUAACUUUUCAUUAUUUUGUAUUUAGAUUUAGCUGUGGGACUGCCACCUUUCUUGGUUUUGUAGCAGUUUCCUUUUGGUUGUUCUUGUUACUUAUGUGUCCUGUGAGUUGUUCCCUGUCUUGGGGGCUUGCAGGCAUCAGAGCAGAUGCUGACAUGGAUGGAGGACAAGGAUCUUCUCCUUGGUUGUCAGAGCCUUCCUGUGUGAGAUGAGUUGGGCAGUGGACAUCCUCCCUCCCAAGGACUGGUCAGGUCACAUCAUAAUGGACCUUCCACCAGCCUUGACACCAUUGGAAGUGGAAGAGUAGAGUUUCUGAUAGCCUCAGAAACCACUGUGGCAUCACAGCAACAGUAUCCCUCAGAACUGGUGCACA